AUGACGAAUUUCCAAGAAGAAUGCAAUAAAAUCUUGAACAAUGACUCGUUAUUUGAAGAAGACAAGAUUGAUUAUUUAGAUGAUUUGGUUACCAAGAAAUACAAAUGUUCCUCCAAAGAAGCUGAAAGAAUCAUUUUGGAUAUCCUUUGGAAACAUAAGGAUCCCUCAAGGAAAGUUGAGCCACAGGUCAAAAUAGUUAAAGUGGAGGAAAGAGCUGUUAAGAUUGAUAUACCGAGUUUUGAAAGAAGAUUAGAAUUAGAGAAACAAGUUCGUGAAUUAGAAGCUUUAAAUGAAGAGAAAAGGAAAAAUUGGGAAAAAAGUAGAGAUUUAAAAAAUAAAGCUGAAUCAGAAUAUCAAGAUUUGUUGAUUAAAACUCAAGAACUAAGGAAAGAACUUUAUGGUGAAAAAACUCCUGCACCUCAACAAACUUCAUCUCCAAUAGAUCAACUAAAUGAUUUAUUUAAUGGCAGUUUAUCAAGACAAAGAAUUGAACAAGCUUUAAGAAUCAAUGGUUAUGAUGUUAUUGAAGCCGCUCAACAUUUAAUGAAUCAACUUAAAACAUCUGAAGCUUCAACUACUUCUUCAAAAGAUUCUCAAUCAACAUCAACAACACCAUUAUUAUCAAAUUCAGUACCUUCAACCAAUUCAACUUCCACAACAAAUAAUCAACCAUUUUUUUCAGUUGAUAAGAAAAACAAGGCAUUAUGUUCAUUUUUAAUUAAAAAUGGUCAAUGUUUAAGAUCAGAUUGUAAAUUCAGUCAUGAUAUUGAUCAAAGAGCUUGUAGUUUUUGGUUAAAAGGUAAUUGUUUAGCUGGUGAUAAAUGUCUUUUCAAACAUGAUUUAGAUUUACCAACUCCGUUAUCACCACCUGAAUCUUUGGCAUCUUUAUCAACAUUAACACCUCCAUCUUCACAACCAUCAAUUAUAAAACAAUCACCAUCAUCUUCAUUUACAGCAUCAAAUAUUUCAUCUGUUCCAUCAUUUAUACCAUCAACUUCAGCCCCACCGUUUAUCCCAUCAAAAGCUAUUAAAAUUGUUAAACCAAUUAAAAAACCAACAAUAAUUCCAUGGGAAGAUCAAACUGAAAAUAAAUAUUUAAAAUCUUAUGUUUCAAAUAGAAUUUCUGCUACAAGAAAUGAAAAUCAAAGGAAAAAACAUGCUAAAAUGUCAACUGAUUCUUAUGUUUCGAAUGAUGGUGGUAAAGCUAAAAAAUUAAGUGAAAAAGCCAAUAAAUUUGAAGAAAAGGCAUUAGAUGCAUUAAAAUCUGCUGAUGAUGAUUUAUAUAGUUAUUCAGAAACUAUUGAUGAUGAAGUUUGGUUUGAAAUGCAUGGUUUAGAAUUCAAUGAUGCAGUUGAUCAAUUAACUAGUUCUUUAUCAGAAGUUAAAUCAAAAUAUAAAUUAAAUUCCAAAACCGCUUAUAUUGUUGUUCCUUCAUCUGGUGAUAUUCCUGGUCAUAAAAAAACCACCAAACCAAUCACUAUAUGGCUUGAUCAUAUUGGUUAUAGAUGGCAAUUAUUUAGUUGUGGUAAUAAUCAGCAUGGUUCAAUUAUUGGUAUUGAUACAUGGUCCAUAUGA